GAAAUAGGCUGGGCUAUGGGAGGUAUAAAGCUCUUUGCUCUGGUCUACGGCUCCACAUUGCCACGGAAGUUAGAUGAGGCCAUGAGUGGGACACAGGUGCUGCUAGUGGUUCUCCUCCUCUCCCCCUUCCUGCUCUACAGUGCAAACAGCAGACAUGUUGCUCCUAGCAAUGAUGAUGACCCUCCCAAAUCCAUCCGUGUGCUGCGGAGCCUGGAGAGUGUCAUGGAUAAAUACAGAGAGAUGAUCGCCACUUUUAAAACUCAGGGAGGAAUUGAUAAUUCCACCAAGGUAGAGACAACGUUCAUAUAUUCAUGCCUGGGUUUGGAUGAUAAGGCAAAGACCAUGGAAAUUACCAUCCAGACGCAGACAACCAAAAUCAAAGAAUUGGAAAAAAACGUUUUCGACACGAAGAAGGAACUCCGGAAUGAGAUCGUGAAUAAUAGGCGAAGUGAAGGGCUGCUUGCCCUUCGAAUUCUUGAAAUGCAGGUCAAGCUAAGUGGUUGGAUAAAUCAAAUGGACGCCAAAACGCUCUCCACUGCUAAGUUAACUCUCCGAGCCCUGUUAAAGUACACCGAGUACAAAGACCUGGAGACAAAGAUUUCCAACGAGAAGGAUACAACUGUGCUUACUGAAUUAAGAAAUAAACUCAAGGAAACGAAGGAGAAACUUAGACUGGCUGAACAGGAGCUCAUAGCCGCAGGUGGAGCCUCUAACCUGAUUAUACAAAUAGUGACGCUGCAGGAGAAGAUUCGUGAGCUGGAGAGCAGAGAGACUGAUGAGGACCUAUCAGAAGAAAUAGCUGCAUUGAGAGCAGAACUGGAGGAGAAGCUGGGACAACUGGAGGGCGGCAGUGAUGGGGGCUCUAUAAUGGUUACACAGAUCAUCACAGUGCAAGAUGAUAUUCUGCAAACGUACAUCAGGAUACAAACAUUAAAACAACAGUCUACAGAUAAAGUUGCUGAACUGGAAAAACAGCUGAGAGAGAAAAACAGUGAGCUGAAACACCUGCGUGAAUCCUCUGAUUCCUCUGCAUCUGCACAAAUCAUUAUAAUCGAGAAAGAGGUGCGUGUGAUAGAGAGCAAAAUAGAAGCCCAACAGAAGAAAAUAGCUGCCCAGAUCAAAGAGUUGGAGAGGGCCAUAAAGAACAAGAAGGACUUGUUGAAGGAAAAAGUCACGGAGCUCCAGGAGGUACAAAGGACUGACUAUGAUCUCAUUGUGAAGGUUAUCACACAACAGUUUCAGCUCAGCAAGGUGCAAACAGCUGAAUGCUCUGGAAAUACAGAAACCAUUUUUGCUGAAAUCCAGAAGCAACUGACAGCCAAAGAGAAGGAUAUCCUGAAUCUUGAAGCCAAGAAUAAAAGGCUUCAGCAUCAACUCCAAGAAAUGUCUCAUGAAUGCUCAGGCCUGCUGGAUAAAAUCAAAGAGCUGGAGCAGUCACUGGAAGAGGAAAUACAGAACGUGACGGGUGACCUGAAGCCACUUCUGGAGCUGAUUUCACUCAAUUUCAACAUGCAACAGAUCAAGAUGAGCAUCGUCGCUGAAAAAUCUGCCUCGAAGAUCGCCGAACUCACAUGGCAACUGAAGGAGAAAGAGAAAGAAAUCAAACACAAGGUUAAAGAGAUAACAGAGGGAGACUUGGAAGGUUCCCAAGAAGCAGUGAAAAUAGUCUCACUUCUGAUGGAGAUCUGGGAGCUACAAACCGGCGUUGAGAGCGAGACUACCCUGAGCCACAUUAACAACCGCCAGAAUGAACUGAAUCACCUGAUUGUUAGCCUUAAGGACACCACCAGCAGCAAGCUACUGCUGACUAUCUUGGCAGCUCAGACAGACCAGACCAAGAUCAAAAGAAUGCAAGUCAUUAUCAGUGAGAAAUAUAAAGAGGAACUCACAGGCUUAAUCAACAGACAGGAAACGAUGGAGAAGGAGCUCAGCUCUAAGAAGUCAGAAGUGGCAGAAAAGGACCAAGACAUUUCCAAACUUGGGAAAGAGAUUACAGCUCUGCAGAGUCAAAUUGAGAAACUGAAGGAAACAAUUGAAAAUCUGAAAAAUACAACCAGUGGACACAUUGAAGACCUAAGGAAGCAGCUGGAGGUGAAGGAGAGAGAGCUGAAGGACAAAGCCAAAGAGAUGAAGAUCAUUGAUAAGAAGAAUGGAGAACUUUUGAUCCGCAUAACUGAGUUGGUGGCAAAACUCAAGGAGACAGAGAUUAAUACCUAUAAGAAAGACCAGGUGUUAGCUUCCAAAAUAACCAAACUGGAAAAACAGCUGGAAAUCCUGAGGAAAGAAAACUCUCAUAUCAAAGAAAACAACAAAGCUCUGGAGAGAGAAAAUAAAGAUUGCUCUGGACUACAAGACAAAUAUAAGGAAAUUGAGAAAAAAACAGAUGAACUGAUGAAGAAGGUCAACGACAGCUAUUCAUUCAUAUUUCAGACCAAUAAGUUGACGAUUGACAUUGAAAACCUUCGGAAAAGUAUUGCUCGCAAGCCUGACAACGUUGCAGAGUUAGAGAAGCUGAUGAAAGAAAAGCUCAAAGAGCUGGAAGAUUUGAAGAGAAAAACGACCAAUGUCCCUGGAUGUAUAGAGAUCACAAAGAUUGUCGAAAUCAUACAAAACAUAAACAAGGAGACUGAUGAAACCACAGACAAGCAUUUAAAGCGCAUGGAUGAGUUUCAGGCACUGGUAGACAGGCUAAUGGAUCAGCUGAAGAACAAGACCGAUGAGAAUAACCAACUCGUCGUACAAAUCUUAGUCCAGAAGGGAACUGAGGCUAUGUUGACCAAACAGAUAGAAACUCUGAAACACGGGUAUGCAUCGAAGAUCAAAGUCCUUCAGAAGACAGUGGAAGACAAAGAGAAGCAGCUUGAGGUAGAGAGAUCCAAGUGUGAUAAACUGGCUGCACGGAUAGAAACACUGACGCUAGAGAUCUCAAAAUCACAGACCGACCUGUCAAUUUACGAGGAGACUUAUGGUGCUAAAAUAGCAGAGUUGGAGGAGAAACUUAAGAAGAUAACUCACCAGCUACAGGACGCCAUUGCAAGACUGAAGACAGUUGAGGGGGAGAAUGCUGAGGACGUCCUUAAAAUCAUUAAACUGCAGACCGAAAUGACGGCUAUAGUCAAUAAGGCGGUUACUGAAAAGCAAGUUCUGCAUGAUGAAAUUGGAGGUCUAAAGACGGAGCUCAUCGCCUGCAAAGAAGAGAAGAGCAAACUGAUCCUCACCAUAACAGACCUGAAGACCAAUGAGAAGACAAUAAUGAAUCAGUGCAGUCACCUUAAUGACACAUUCUGGGAGCUGAAGACAGAGUUUGACCAAACUUUAACGAAAGUUGAUAAGAACUCGGAACUGAUUUUGAGGAUGAACAUGUUGAUUCUGGAAGUUGAGACACUGCAGAAAAAGAUGGAAGGGGUGAUAGGUGAUACGACUGUGCUGGAGACAGAGCUGCAGAGGAAAACCAAAGAACUGGAAGAACUGGAAAACCAACUGGGAUUGAGAAAUAGAAUGGACUCCAAAAACAUCAAGAACAUCUUGAGUAUCAUAAUACAGAGAAGGAAGGAAAUAGAACAGGAAAACAAUGAGAUAUAUCUGCAACGGAUUGAUGCACUAGAGAAUGAGCUGAAUGAGAGGAUUGCUCUGCUCAAGGGAGAAGAAGCUGAAAGAACAAAACUGUUGAUCAAGAUAAUGUCCAUGGAAGAGGAUGUGAACUCUUUGCAGAACAGAAUAUCAAAAACUAAAGUAGAGUCCUCCAAAAAGAUAAAAGGGCUUGAGAGGCAACUGGAGCUGAAGUACAAAGAGAUCAAUGAGCUGAAAGUAAAAGACUGUGGAGUCGAUGCUUUGAAGGGGAAGAUAGCAGAAUUGGAGGCUGAAGCCAAUAAACUUGAGUUGGAAUUAACCAGGACAAAACAGACCGAAGAGGAUCAAAUCAAAGAGCUGGAGAAACGUCUGACGGAGAAGAAAAACCAACUGCAAAUCAGCAGUGAAAGAUUGACAAGUCUGGACAACGAAAAUGGAGAACUACUUCUGAAGCUGGUUUCUAUGGAGAGUAAAAUGAAUACAGUUAUAUCUGGGUCCAAAGACUUGGAAGAGACCUCAGCUACCAUAAUCAAGGCCCUGAGAGAAAAACUGAAAGUCAAGGUGGAGGACAAUAACCAACUGCAAAUCAAAAUUGAAGCCCUGGAGACAGCCAAGAAGGAAAUAGAGGACAGCUGUGCAACACUCAAGCAACAACACACAGAUCUGAAGACAAAGUUUGAAAAGGACAUGAAUGAAAUUGGAGACAUCCCAAAAUUAAUUUUCAGGAUCAACAUGUUGAGCAGUGAAAUUGCAAGGCUGAAGAGGCAGAUAGAGAGUCAGACUGGAGAUAAGACAGAACUGAAUAAAGAAUUGAAGAAGAAAAUUGAAGAACUGGAGAAACUCGGAGCAAAGACUCCAGCUUCCACGCAAAUAAAAGAGCUCAUUGCUGUUAUACGAGAAAAAGCUGCAUCAAAGCAAGAGGACAAUGCAGAUUAUUUGAAACGUAUUGCUGAGCUAGAAGGCGAGCUGUAUGAAAGGAUUGUUGACCUGCAAGGCGAAGAAGCAGAAAAAAUCAAAGCAAUGAUCCAGGUGAUGGAGCAGCAGGAGGCGAUCACCAUGCUGAAAGACAGGUUAUCCAAAGUCAGACUGGAAGCUUCCAAAAAGAUUGCUGCAUUUGAGGAUGAACUGACGAGGAAGCGCCAAGAGAUUGACAGAAUAAAAGCUGAUGACUGUGGAUUUGGCAAACGGAAGGAGGAAAUUGCUGCUUUGGAGAAAGAGGCCAGAAAUUUGGAGGCUGCGUUGAAAGAAUUCAGACAAUCCUCUGAGAAAGAGAUGGAAGAAUUGAUAAAACAUCUUCAGAAGGCAGAGGAAGGCCUGAUCAGCAGUAAUAACAGACUGCAGAGUUUGGAUAAGGAACAUGGAGCACUUAUCGGCAAGAUGAUUACAAUGCAGGAUAAAAUGGAUCAACUGUUAAGUCAGAAGAAAGACCUGAAACAGAGAAUGGCAGAGGAAGUUGAUGACCUCAAGAAACAGCUCAGUAUAAAGGAAGAGGAGAAUGCCAAAAUAAAAGCCAAAAACAAUGCCUUGGAGAAAUCUAAACAGGAAGCAAUUGACAGCUGUUCCACAAUUAAGGAACAAUACACAGAUCUGAAGGCAACAGUGACAGAAAACAUUAGACAAAUGGAAGACGUUCCCAAAUUAAUUCUUAGGAUCAACAUGCUGAGCAGUGAAAUUGAGAGACUGAAGAGAGCCAUUGGGGGCCAAACUGGAGAUGAGACAGAACUGAAGAAGGAAUUGGAGAAGAAGAUUGAAGAACUGAAAAAAGUAGAAACAGAACUUGGAGGGAAGAGUCCCGUUGCCACGCAAAUUAAAGAGCUCAUUGCUGUAAUAAGAGAAAAAGAUACAUCAAUGCCUGAGGACAACGAGGAGUACUUAAAGCGCAUUGCUGAGCUAGAGGGUGAGCUGGACGAAAAGAUUGCUGCCCUACAAGACAAAGAAGCAGAACAAAUCCAAUCAAUGAUCAGGGUGAUGAAACAACAGGAGGAAAUUACCCAACUGGAGGACAGGUUAUCCAGAGUCAGAAAGGAUUCUUCCAAAAAGAUAAUUGCAAUGGAAACUGAGCUGGACAAGAAGCGCCAAGAGAUCGAUAGGAUGAAAGCUGAAGACUGUGGAGUUGGCAUGCAGAAGGAAGAAAUUGAUGUUAUGGAAAGAGCAGCCGGAGAUUUGGAGUCCAAACUGAAACAGCUCAGACAGUCCUCAGAAAAAGAGAUUGCUGACUUGGUGAACCACCUUAAGAUGAAGGAGGAGGAGAUCAGAGCCAGUAGUGAGAAGCUGGAGAGUUUAGACAAAGAAAACGGGGCACUGAUUGUAAAGACCAUUAAAAUGCAGGAUAAAAUGAACUCACUCCUAAAUGAUGAGAAAGACCUCACACAGAAGACAGCAGAUGAGAUAGCUGAUCUCAAGAAACAACUCGGAGAAAAAGAACAAGAGAAUGCUAAACUGAAAACUGAAAAUGACAAUCUGAGGGUUAGCGCAGGUGAGGCUAAAGACUGUGCUCGCCUCAGACUGACGAACGAAGACAUGAAGAAGCAGCUGCAAAGAAAAGAUGAAGACAUCACCAAGCUAGAGAGCGAAAAGGAAGAGGCCUUAGGCAAACUUAAGGACAGGGAGGCUGAGCUGAAUGCCCAACAGAUGAAAGCCAAUGAAAUGAAACAGCAGCUUGACAAAAAGGACACAGUAAUUUCUAAAUUGCAAAAGGACAAAGAUGAUUUGGUGUCUGCAAAGAACACCAGUGAAGAGACGCUGAAGAAACUACAGGAGACAUCUGAUGCUUUGGAGGAGGAGAAAAAACAACUUCAGCGAUCAUUGAAGACAAAGGAAGAAGAGAACAAAGAGCUUAAGAACAAAUUUGAAGAUUUUGAGAGAGAAAAUUCAGAAAAAGCAAUCCACAUUUCUCAGCCAGCUAUAGACCCUGACACAGCUCACCCAAAACUCCAACUGUCAAAUAACAACAAAGAAAUGAGGCUCCUACAGACCGCACUCAAAGUGCCUGACGUCCCAAAACGGUAUAAUCAUGUUACGGGGGCCAUGGCUAGCAUUGGGUUUGACAAAGGCAGGCAGUACUGGGAGGUCGGCGUGGCUAGAAAACCUUGUUACAUCUUAGGGGUGGCUGGAGAAACAGCUGCAAAAAAAGGAUCCAUAAGAUUUCACCCCGGGUAUCAAUACUGGACUUUGGUCUUGACAAGGAAUGAUGUUCUUACUGCUUCCGACAAAAGAAAGGUUUUGGUGAGAGAGGAAGGGAAAGCCAAGCCAGCCACGAUUGGAGUGCUAAUAGAUUUCAAAAAGGCAGAAAUCUCCUUUUAUGACGCAGGAACUAGAGCUCACAUGUACACAUUCAGUAACGUUAACGUGAGGUCAAAACUCUUUCCGUUUAUGAGCACAUGUGAGGACACUGAGGAGGGUUCACCUCCACUGGUGUUCAAUCCAGUAGUCUCUGCUGACUGGCUGAAGUCUAAAAAAUGACCUUCAUAAAAUGUACUUCCCACUGCUUUCACUGAAUACUCAACAUUUAUUUGUAUCAAGUGCACCCCAAAUGUGCUGAAUCCCUGCUAGUGUUAUUAGGUUGCACUGUAAGCACAUGAUGACAAAUUAAAGAAAUUAUAUUGAAUAA